GGAUUCACUGCAGGAACAAAGAGGGCAGAUAGUUCACCUUGAGCUGGAGUACCCCACUUGGACCUCUGGAAUUACUACUCACACUCACCGAUUCAUCCUGCCGGGACAAAGAGGACCAACUUUUGGAUCUCUCCUGAAAGAGACAGUUUGUUGGUCAGGAGACUGUAAUUGAGAGGGGGGGAGGAGGGGGGGAGGGUGCCAGCUGAGAACUCUCAGCUGCCUCCGAGCUUGGAAUCCAGCAAACCCCUAAGAAAGCCCAACCUUGGAACAGCUGUCGCCCAAAUUGUUUUUUGGCACCAGCUGACGCUGCUGGCAUGUCUGAGUCCAGAGGACGGUGCCACAACAAAAAGGCCGGCAUCCGGGCAGCCGUGAUCCUGAUUGGACUCCUGCACAAGUCCCGCAAAGCCAAGGAAAGGGAGAGGGAAAGAGAGGAGAACGAAGGGAAACAAGAGCUGCUGAAUAUCACCAACGUCCCUAUUGGAGAAUGCCCCCCAUCACCACCUCGCACUGCACCACCCACCAUGAAGUCUGCAGAGUUCUUCGAUAUGCUGGAAAAAAUGCAGGUCCCUAAAGCGGAAGAGACCAAAAAAUGGAAGGAUGACUACAUUCCUUACCCACGGAUUGAAGAUGUCUUAGAAAAAGGAGGUCCAUAUCCCCAAGUAAUUCUGCCCCAGUUUGGUGGUUACUGGAUUGAGGAUUCAGAGGCACCUGCAGGGACACCUUCCUCUUCAGAGUCCAGUUUCUGUGAGGAGGACGAGGAUGGAGAUGAAGCCAUGAGUCCUGGAGGGGCGCACAGCUUUCGCCUGGAGUGCAACAGCACAGCUCGAGCCUAUGGCAAACACUUCCUUGGAAAGGAGCACAUGAACUAUUACUGCACAGGCAGCAGCAUCGGCAACCUCAUCAUGUCUCUGAAACACGAGGAGACAGAGGCGCAGGAGUUCCUGCGCAUCAUUCUCAGAUCAAGGACCAAAACAAUUCAUGACAGAAUUUCAUUAGCCGGAAUCAACCAGCUUCCCAGUGUGCCUCAGAUUGCGAAACUUCUGUGUGACGAUGCCACUGGGAUCAAGUUCAACCCGGUCCUGUACCCCCGGGGAUCUCGCUUGAUAGUUGCUUACGAUGAACACGAGGUGAACAACACGUUCAAGUUUGGGGUUAUCUAUCAGAAGUUUGGACAGACGUCGGAGGAAGAGUUAUUCGGAAACAACGAGGAGACGCCUGCUUUUAAGGAGUUUCUCAGUGUCUUAGGAGAUAACAUUGAGCUACAGGAUUUUAAAGGGUUCCGUGGAGGUCUGGACGUGUCUCACGGGCAGACAGGGUCCGAAUCCAUCUACACGGUCUUCAGACAGAGAGAGAUUAUGUUCCAUGUGUCCACUAAGCUGCCCUUCACAGAGGGCGACGUUCAGCAGCUCCAAAGGAAACGGCACAUAGGAAAUGACAUUGUGGCCGCCGUCUUCCAAGAAGAAUCCACGCCGUUUGUUCCAGACAUGAUUGCCUCCAACUUCCUGCAUGCUUAUGUUCUGGUGCAGGCGGAGAACCCCUGCACAGAGCACACAACUUACAAGGUGUCUGUCACUGCCAGGGAAGAUGUUCCCUCUUUUGGACCUCCGCUCCCAAACCCACCAGUCUUCAAGAAGGGUCCUGAGUUCAGAGACUUCCUGCUGACAAAGCUGAUCAAUGCUGAGAACGCCUGCUACAAAUCGGACAAAUUUGCCAAACUGGAGGGCCGCACGCGGGCGGCGCUGCUAGACAACCUUCACGACGAGCUGCACAGGCAGAGUCAGGCCAUGAUGGGUUUGGGCCAGGUGGGGGAGGAGGACAAGCUGGAGAACGGCGGGCACGGCGGCCUGCUUGAAUCCUUUAAGAGAGCCAUGCGCGUCAGGAGCCACUCCAUGGAGACCAUGGUGGGGUCUCAGCGCCACCGGAGCCCCGGGGUAGGAGGCGGAGUUCCAGCCAGCCUGAGUGGUGGAGGGCUACCUCAAAGCACCAGUGAAUGCACCAAGAGCACAUUCACUCCUCCUACUAUGUCUGCCAAGUCACCACUCAAGAGUCCUGUGAAGCGGCGCUCAGGCCUCUUCCCUCGUCUCCACUCCAGCACAGAAAGCCCUGCAGACAGGCACUCGCGCAUCGACCAAAAACCUGCAGAGUUCUACCCGGCCUCGCAGGAAGUCAGGUCAGAGACGUCAUCCAAUCCGAGCUCCCCCGAAAUCUGUCCCAACAGAGAAAAGCCUUUCAUGAAGGUGAGGGAAUCCACCAGCAGCUGCAGACCAAACAUCUCCCGCUCCUCCUCGAGCACCAGCAGCUUCAGCAGCACCACAGGAGAAACAGAAGCUCUGGAGGAGCUGGAGUCUGCCGCCCAGCACAGUUUCACAGCUUCCUCUUCAGCCUUCAGCCCCACUCUGAGUGUGGACAGCCAGGGAUGCAGCACACCUGUCAUCAUGUGCCGCAGUCCAACAGAUGGGAAAAGUAAAACUUCACCCAGGUCCCACUUGAAAUUCCGCUUCGACAAAAUGAGCCACUCAUCUGCAACUACUGAGUAACUUCCUGGAAAGGAAAGAAACAAAAAUCCCGGACUUGCACAAUUAAAAGUGGAACUGGAGGAGCGGAAGUGAAUCAUGAUAAUCACAGUUCAACCACUUCCUUCUAGAAUGAAUCUGGCUUGUAACUCCAACAGAGACCUGCCCCUAAUACUGUGAGAGUAAGAUGACGAGACACAGCUGACUUUCUCAGCAAACUGUGAGCUGCUGGAAUGACUCAAUACUUUGCUGCAUUACAGAAGUUAACUGUUCUCACCACAGAAGGCGUUGGCAUGGUGGUAGGACCGUGAGCACAGGCUGAGCCAGGCUCCGCCUCAGCCUUGACAGAAACAUCUUUGAGCAUAAAGACAUAAAAACCUUGAUGGCCGAACUGUUAGUCUUUGUAUUGUCGAAUGUUGAGUUUCAAUUCCCUUUCACAUUUAGUCCCAGAAUGGUAGGUUUUGGAUAGGGGCACGCACCACAAAACUUCACAUCCAGUUGACCUCCGAAAGCCUCAAAGGUUGCAACCAUUGACUGUAUUGGUAGAACUGGACUGACUUGAGUGUGACGUCACCCAUAGAAAAGGCUUUACUUCUGGCUCUAACAAAAUUGUCGCUGCCUGAUCGAUACCCUUUAUGGGCAAACCUUACAUCACUUCCUCUUGUCGCCAACAUUGCAAGAGUGAAGUCAUUUUAAAUUAGAUAAGCUCUCGUAACUUGUACAUUUUGCACAUUUGUUGUUUGAAACGUGUACUUCAUUAAAAAAAAGAAAAAAAGAUUAGCUUCCAGUAGCAUUUUGCAACAGUUUUGCCUCCUUUACGACUGUCCAAGCCCUUUAAACACAUCCUUCUACUGUGUUCAAAACAAACGUACGUUUUCUCUACUACAGAGAGCUUCCCCCAACUGAUUUAUAGCCUCCUGACUGUGUUAACACAUUUGAUACAUUUGCAGUAAAUGGCGGUACUUAGACUCACCGCUUAUAUUUCCAGACCGCAAAAAACACAAACUGCUGCUUCAAAAUAAAUUGACAAAUAGUUUUCAUUCAUAAAAUUAACACUGACCUACUUUGGUUUAAAAAGAAAAAAAGAGAAAGGGAAGAAAAAUGCUCCAAUGAUAAAGGUAGGCCGGCAGUGUCCGAAAUGAACAGUCGCUGGGCAUCAAAUGCCUUUGGCAUUAAAAGUUUAAGGACCAUUUGCGACACGGCAAAUAGAGGUUGGCAUCAAAUUAGGCUAGUCUUGUUAAUUAGCUUAUUGGAGUUCAUCCAUGCCGUCCAGAUGCGUGCUGUGAACUGACAUAUACUAAGUCUUUAUUGUGAAUUAAACUAUUUAAAUUGAACUCAUAUAGUUAAUAGGGUAACAAAAAUAAUAUAUUUUGUUCUCGUAUAUGUGUAUAUGUAGGCUUUGAGACUUUGUGUGUGUGUCUGUCUAGGGGAGUGUGUGUGUGUGUGUGUGUUUGUGUAGGGGAGUGUUGCAGUGUUUCGCCCCGAGGUGCCAAACUAACCAUUACCGCCUCUGAGCAAAGUUUCGAACGUUGGGGCCAGCGGGCACCACAUGCCUUUAUUGAGGCAUCUGAUUGGUCCGUUUAAAACUGGAAUAACUUGAACUGCAGGAAUAAUAUCAUAAAAAACAAUAGGACUGGCAGGAACACGUUAAAAACAGGCGGCAGAGGCAGGACGGUUUUUCUGACAGAUAGCUGUUUAAUUCUCUAUAGAAGUCUAUGGGAUUUUGGCUGUUACUUCCUGUUUUGCAUGUAAAGGGGGGAGGGGUUGCUCAGUCCAGUUCUCUUGUACGGUCAAUGGUUGCAACACUUCGUAGGUCCAUCUCAAUGUGUGGAAACUAAACCUGUUCUUUGCAUUUCCCACUUUCCCUCUGUGGUUAGCUGCUGCAUUGCCUUGCGACUCAAACACACCCGCAGUGUCCGUCUGUUGAAGUAACCUUAAAGCUGCACUUAGUGAAAUGAAACCCUGCUCCCUCUGAACACAGUGGGAGACACCGCCGUCACAUUUUCGCUCGUUCCAGCCAAAGCUGCGCCUUACAAUCUGUCUUCAGCCCUUCUUCUCUUGUGUUGUGUGCGGCGGGUCUUUCCCAGCAUCCCUCACGGCGCGAGAGGAUGACCCUCUGAUGGAUCUGGUUACAGCACCGUGGUGGGUGGCCAACUGACACCCACAGCCGCUGCUGAGAAGAUUUCACCUGCUUGUACCUUCAUUGAAGCUUGCUAGCUGGAUGUAUCAGUGUGUUUAGUCAGUGUGUGUGGGAGGGGGGGGGGGUCCUUUUCUUUUCUGUCUUUUUUUUUGAAGAACUACUUUGAAUGUGAAUUUUUGUAAUCAGUACAGAGCCAGAUGUUUUCUCUUGUUUUUGCCAUUUUCAAAGUGGACCUAUGUUUUUAGCAAAAGUGCUGUCUCACCUCCAGAAGAUAAAAUUUUCCAUUUGAAGAAGUAUGUAUUUUUGAAGAGAUAGCGGCCAAAGGUCUGUGGUUCAAACGCAACUUUUUUUUCAUAAUUACUUCUAUUCUGUUCCUGUUCUGCAUUUGACAGUUCAAUUUUCACUUCCUUUGGUACUCUUGACUUUUCCUUAUUUAUUUGACUGAUGCAAAACUUAUGCAGUGGGAAUAUACAGAUCUUCAUUUUGCUCAAAUAUUGCUUGAUUAUUUUUUAUUUAUUUUGUCUUUAUGGAUAUAAAAAAAAAAAAAAAAAGAUUUUGGCCCCCUUUUUUUUUCUUCUCGCUUCACCUUUGUCAAAGUUGCCCCCUUAAUUGUUUAAACUGGGUGGGAUUUGAGUGCUGCCUGCUGCAGAAACACACUAAGCACUCCCAACUAUACACCACUUCCCAUUCCCUUUUAAAUUCUCUUAAAAAGCUAUUUGAACAGGUUAAAAAAAGAAAUCAAGCUUCUCAAAGCAGCACAGAAAAAUGUUAAAAAAACACAAUAAUAAGGAUUUACAGAGAUUUUUCCUAACGUGACCAACAGAAACACAAACACCCGGUACAUGUUUGUAAUCUUUGUAAACUUACAAAAAGCUUCAUAACUAAAGUUCAAAAUACUGUAAGUUGUUCAUAGAAUUCUAUCUGAGACAAAACUGUUUUUUCUUUACUUUGUAUGAAAAUGGAAACAUUAAUGGACAAAGAUCAUCAUAUGAUGAAAAACAGUGAUGAGCUGGAAGAUUUGAUGCUUUUUUUCCUUUGUUUUGUUUGUUUUUUGCAGGAAUUGCCAAAAGUUGUCUGCAGCAAUUUCUUUGUUGAUGCUUAAUUUAUUGGAGAUGAACUUCUUUUGCAUUGAUGUCAUGUACAAAUGUCUCUGCAGAGUACGCAAACUAAGUCGAAUAAAUACAAGGAAUAUAUUAAUUUAAGAGAUGUCUAAACAUAUAUAUGUAUAUUUGGUUAUGUAAUGUGCCACUAAAAAUUUAUUCUAAAAUAAAAUGUUGUAUUUUGUGUCA